UGCCCCCAUACUUGGCAGUAGUGCCUCCUCUUCCCCACUCGGUCGGACCACCACCUCGCCUCCCCCCAAAUCUCGCCGGAUUCCGCCGCCUCCACGCGCGCCGGAGGUCCUGACAAAAAAAAUCGCCCGGAGCUCGUGCGCGUCUCCCCCGGGGUGGCCGCGCCGCGCCGAGCCGAGCCAUGGAGUACGGCCCCUCGGACAGCAGCGGAACUGAUGAUGACCUUCCACCACCAUAUCCGAAUAAUCCGAAUAAUAGGAGUAUAAGAGGCAGUGGGCGUGCCAGUGGUAAUGGCAGAGCUGUUGUUCCUGUCAGCGGUAAUGGAAGGGCUAUUGCUCCUGCCAGCUCAUACCCUAGAGCUCAGACCGAUAUGGAAACCCAAAUUCAACAGCUUGAGCAAGAAGCAUAUUGUGCAGUUCUGCGUGCUUUUAAAGCUCAGUCUGAUGCCCUCACAUGGGAGAAGGAGGGUCUGAUUACCGAACUUAGGAAGGAGCUAAGGGUAUCUGACAAAGAACACAGGGAAGUGCUAAACAGGGUCAAUGGUGAUGAUAUUAUCCGCAGCAUAAGGGAAUGGAGAUCAACAGGAGGUCUUCAGGCAAGCUUACCCAACAAUCCUCAGCCUAUACAUCAUGACCCGGCGCCUAGCCCUACCACCUCAGGCCGUAAGAGGCAAAAGACGUCUCAAUCCGUUCCUCCCAUACCUAUACCGUCUCCUGUUAUGCAUCCACAGCAGAUGGCUACACCAACACAACCUUCAUCUUCAGCAGCUAAAAAGGGAUUUCCGCCAGGCACUAAAGGCAAAAAGAUGAAACCAGGCCAGAAGAUACCAGGGGGUUCUGCAGUCAAAUCUAUGCCACCUUCAGCAGGUCCCAGCGGAAGGGGGCCACAUAUGAACAGAAACUUUCCUGGUCGCCCUGCUGCUCCUGAACCUUCUCAAGGACAGCAUCAUCUUAAUCCUUUAAUUGGCCGUAAAGUCAUGUCUCGGUGGCCUGAAGAUAAUAAUUUCUAUGAAGCCACUAUAACUGAUUACAAUGCGGAAAAGGACGUUUAUGCGCUAGUUUAUGACAUAAAUACAGCUAAUGAGACCUGGGAGUGGGUUGAUUUUAAAGAGAUAAAACCAGAAGACAUAAUAUGGCAAGGCGAGGACCCAGGAUUAUAUCAGGGGGGUCGUGGUGGUCCAGGUAGCGGGGGUAAGAAGUCAGCUAGCCGUGGUAUGCCCACACCAGGUACAGGUAGGGGGAGAGGAUUCCAAAAGAACGUGUCAAAGAAAGACUUUCCACGUUCGCAAAAUGGCGUUGGGAAGAGAAGUUCUGAUGACAUUGAUAUACUUCACACUGAAAGCCUGAUAAAAGAGGUGGAGAGGGUCUUCAGUGUUAGUCAUCCGGAUCCUUUGGAGGUAGACAAGGCAAAGAAAGCGCUGAAGGAGCAAGAACAGUCGUUGAUUGAUGCGAUAGCCAGGCUUGCUGAGGCAUCUGAUGGCGAAAGUGAUGAGCGCAACCGUGGCCGAAGGAUGGGGCCAUAUGGUGGUCACCAGCAUCAAGCAAACUAUGCAGAUGCUAUGGGUGUUGAUGGCGAUCACAUGGUUGGGGGCGCUGCCACAUAGACGGAUUGCCGGAACAUGUAUACACAAAUUGAUUAGAAAGCCUGUCCUGUUGUAAAAUCUUAUUGCUAAUGUUUAUUUAAAACUUAGCCAUAGGUUGAAACCACCUGGUCUUGAGAGACGGUCAGUUUUUGUUCUCUUCUUUCUUUUUGGGUAGAACUGCUUAACGUGUUGUAAAGCUGCUGCUCUGCGGAGCUAUUGUGCUUCUUGUUAUUGCACAAGUGAUAGUGCAAUGGUGAUUAAUUAGACCUGGACAUUUGUUGGACUCUUGUUUUUGAAACUUUGCUAACCUCUUCAUUAUUCUGGAA